AAUUGAUCUCCAACUCUAUUGACGGCCUGAACUGUAUAAAUAAGAGGCCUUGAAAAACCUAAUAUCAUAUUACAUUCACACCCACCCAAAAUGGAUAUUGUGAUGAAACUGGCGUCCAAGAAAGCAGUGGUGAUCUUCAGUAAGAGCUCGUGCUGUAUGUGUCAUGCAAUCAAGACUCUCUUCUAUGACCUUGGGGUGAGCCCCGCCAUCUACGAGCUUGAUGAGGAAGCAAAGGGACGAGAAAUGGAGAGGGCGCUCCAAAGCUUAGGAUUAAACCCUUCUGUGCCUGCAGUCUUCAUAGGGGGUCGACUGGUGAACUCCACCAGCACAAUCAUGUCCCUUCACCUCUGUGGCUCCCUGGUUCCCAUGCUCAAAGAAGCUGGAGCCAUUUGGCUCUGAUAUCCAUCCAAUAACCCCUAAUUAGUGUCAUUUGUUUCACUAGUUUUUAAGAAAUAAUAAGGUUUCCGUGUAGAAUUUACAUUUCA